AGGGAAGGGGGCGGCAUGGCUUCGGUGUUCAUGUGCGGCGUGGAGGACCUGCUGUUCAGCGGCAGCCGCUUCGUGUGGAACUUGACCGUGUCCACGCUGCGGAGAUGGUACACGGAGAGGCUGCGGGCUUGCCACCAGGUGCUGCGGACGUGGUGCGGGCUGCGGGACGUGUACCAGAUGACAGAAGGCAGGCACUGCCAGGUGCACCUCCUGGAUGACCGGAGACUGGAGCUGCUGGUUCAGCCCAAACUUUUAUCAAGAGAAUUGUUGGACCUCGUGGCUUCACAUUUCAACCUGAAAGAAAAGGAGUACUUUGGAAUAACAUUUACAGAUGACACAGGUCAGCAGAACUGGCUACAGUUAGAUCACCGAGUUCUUGACCAUGAUCUGCCAAAGAAGCCAGGCGCCACCAUUUUGCAUUUCGCUGUGAGGUUUUACAUUGAAAGCAUAUCGUUUUUAAAGGAUAAAACCACUGUGGAGCUGUUUUUCCUGAACGCCAAGUCCUGUGUGCACAAGGGGCAAAUCGAAGCGGACAGCGAAACCAUCUUCAAGUUAGCCGCGCUGGUGUUACAGGAAGCCAAAGGGGAUUAUGCCAGUGAUGAAAAUGCCAGGAAAGAUUUAAAGACCCUACCAGCCUUUCCCACCAAAACUCUUCAGGAGCACCCAUCCCUUGCUUACUGUGAGGACAGGGUAAUUGAGCAUUAUUUGAAAAUCAAAGGUCUGACUCGGGGUCAAGCUGUGGUCCAGUAUAUGAAAAUAGUAGAAGCUCUACCCACCUACGGAGUCCAUUAUUAUGCAGUAAAGGAUAAACAAGGACUUCCUUGGUGGCUUGGAAUCAGCUAUAAAGGAAUUGGCCAGUAUGAUCUGCAAGAUAAAGUGAAACCUCGGAAAUUAUUCCAAUGGAAACAGCUGGAGAACUUAUAUUUCCGUGAGAAGAAAUUCGCCGUUGAAGUUCACGAUCCACGGAGGAUUUCUGUGUCAAGAAGAACCUUUGGGCAAAGCGGCCUCUUUGUGCAAACGUGGUAUGCAAAUCCUUCCCUCAUCAAGUCCAUCUGGGUAAUGGCGAUUAGUCAGCAUCAGUUUUACUUGGACCGGAAGCAAAGCAAAGCAAAAAUUCCUUCAGCCAGGAGUUUAGACGAUAUCGCAAUGGAUUUGACUGAGACGGGAACACCGAGGGUCUCCAAAAUGGUGACACUGGAGGCAAAAAGUCAGUUCAUCAUGGCGAGCAAUGGCAGUUUAAUCUCCUCAGGUUCUCAAGACUCCGAAGUUAGCGAGGAGCAAAAGAGAGAGAAAAUCCUGGAGCUCAAGAAGAAGGAAAAGCUCUUACAGGAAAAGCUCCUGAAAAAAGUCGAGGAGCUUAAGAAGAUCUGUUUGCGGGAGGCUGAGCUCACCGGCAAAAUGCCAAAGGAAUAUCCGCUGAACGUAGGUGAGAAACCGCCUCAGGUCAGAAGGCGUGUAGGCACUGCGUUCAAAUUGGAUGGCAGCCUGCUGCCGAGUAAAGAGGAUCCUGCUUUGCAAGACCUGGAGAGCAAUUUCCUAAUACAGCAAAAGCUAGUCGAAGCUGCGAAGAAACUUGCCAACGAGCCAGACCUUUGUAAAACAGUGAAGAAAAAACGAAAGCAGGAUUACACGGAGGCAGUGAAAAAGCUUCAGGAGAUUGAAAACGCGAUAAAUGAAUAUCGAAUCAGAUGUGGAAAGAAGCCCAGCCAGAAAGCCACAGCUAUUUUACCAGAAGACAUAAUCCCAUCGGAGAGCAGCUCCUUGUCUGACACUACCACCUAUGAUGAUUCCAAUGACCCCUUCACUCUCACUGGGCAGCGACCAAGUUCAGUACCUCAUUCUCCAAGAGUUCUUCCCCCCAAGUCUCUCGGUAUUGAGCGAAUCCAUUUCAGAAAGUCAUCCGUCAAUGAACAGUUUGUGGAGACCAGGCAGUCCAGGGAAAUGCUGUCGACCCACAGCAGCCCUUACAAAACCCUGGAGCGGCGGCCCCCCGGCGGACGGAGCAUGCCCACCACUCCCGUUCUGACCCGAAAUGCCUAUAGCAGCAGCCACUUGGAACCCGAAACUUCAGCCCAGCACUGCCGCCAGCGCAGCGGAAGCCUCGAGUCCCAGUCCCGCCUGCUGUCUGAGAUGGACAGCGAUAAGCCAUUUUUCUCCCUCUCCAAAUCCCAAAGAAGCAGUAGUACGGAAAUCCUGGACGACGGGUCCUCCUACACCAGCCAGUCAAGCACGGAGUAUUACUGCGUGACGCCCGUCGCUGGCCCCUACUACACUACCCAGACUCUGGACACUCGUGCCAGGGGCCGGAGAAGGUCCAAGAAACAGAAUGUCUCGACUUCAAAUUCAGGAAGCAUGCCCAACCUAGCACAAAAGGAUAGUUUGAGGAAUGGCGUCUACACAAAGAGCCAGGAGCAACCUUCUUCUAGUUACUAUAUUGCUGGGUACACACCCUAUGCGGAGUGUGAUCUUUAUUACAGCGGCGGCUACGUCUAUGAGAACGACACGGAGGGACAGUACAGCGUCAAUCCUUCCUACCGUUCCUCGGCCCACUAUGGAUACGAACGCCAGCGGGACUACAGCAGAUCCUUUCAUGAGGACGAGGUCGACCAUGUGCCCCAUAACCCAUAUGCAACUCUCCGGCUGCCUAGGAAGGCUGCUGCCAAGUCGGAGCACAUCACCAAAAACAUCCACAAGGCCUUAGUUGCAGAGCACCUGCGUGGCUGGUACCAGCGGGCCUCUGGACAAAAGGACCAGGGGCACAGCCCACAGACUAGCUUUGACUCAGACAGGGGAUCGCAGAGGUGCUUGGGGUUUGCAGGGCUGCAAGUACCCUGUUCUCCCAGCAGCCGAACAUCCUCCUACUCUUCCGUAUCUUCUACAAAUGCUUCUGGGAACUGGAGGACCCAGAUAGCAGUAGGGCUAUCCGACUACGAGACCCCGGCACAUUCUUCCUACACCAGCUGCUAUGGCAACAUCUAUAAUCCUUUGCCCUCUCCAGGCAGACAGUACCCAGAGAUCAGCACAGAGGGAAGCCGGUCAGAGGACAGCCUGGAGAGCAGGGAGCAGAGGCUGUUCUGGCAUGAAGAUUCGAAGCCUGGAACGUUAGUCUGAACUGCCGUCGGACCUCUUGGCCAAGCGCUGCGUCCUCACACUAGUGUGCCUUGCAAAAUAUGUUGUCUUCCUAGAAAGCUGUUCGGCUCUAGAAAGCUAAAGACAUCCGAGGUCCAAGAGAGGACUUACUGGCCCCGGAAGGGAGUCCCCCACGGAGGCUGAGCCUGCCUGCGCCGGGUCCCUGAACGACUUGCCUUCCCCCCUCGGGGCACUCACCUAACAGAGCCAGGUGGAACUGUGGCCAAGGGAGGACUCAGCCUCGAUCGGUAGCAAGCACUUUUUAAGGGAAUAAAAGUUGUUGAAGGCAAACCGCAAAA